AUGUUGCUGAAUUUAUUGUUGCUCGUUUGCCCCACCAUAACAAGUGCCAUCCACGUAACUGUACUCGCUAUAGACGAAGAAAAGAUCGACGUCUCCUUUCGUGGUACAAGUACUGAUGUGAUAAGCGAUAAAGACCGCGAAAUUUUUCAACUAACAGACACUAACUUAAAGAAAGGCGUGCACGUGUUAUUCGACGAAACUCCGGACGAUGUCUUCAUAAAGAACCCGACGCCGUGGGGUGAUUUGCACGAUCAAUACGGUUGGGACGAAGUAAAGACAGUUCUGAAACCGAUCUUCGGCCGUCUGGUCUCAAAGAAAUCUGAGAGGCAGACUGUUGCGAAGCAAACGUACGAUAACAAGAGCGCUAUACUGGCGAAUUUUACUGCAAAUUUUACAAGACCUCUGCAAGAAACCAUCAAUAUAAUUUGGGUAGAUAGUGAGUUGUCUGUUCAUGAAAAUAUAAGCCAUGAGUUCGAAUUAUUUAAAUUUGGUGGGAAACAACAGUUUUUGUCAGCACCUUGGGGAGUGGACACUACCAAAAUGGAGACAUUUAGGAUGAGUUCUGAAAAAGUGGAAACGGUUGUAGAACCAGGACAGUCCGUUACGGUCGAAAUCAAAUUGACGAAAACAGUUUUGACGAUAGAAGUAGUGUAUGAAGCUACCCUGACUGGGAAAGUUGCUAUAAACUACGAGAACAAAUUCAGGGGUCACCAUUUCUGGUCGGUAGGUGUGAACGAAGUCUUAAGUAGAAUCGGUUUGAAGAACAGCAUCAAGUCGAAGGAAGUGAUAGAUAUAGUGUUUUACUCAAAGGAGGAACAAAUCUUUAGUGAUCCAGAUUUCGAGAACGUAGCGAAAAAUAUGUGA